ACCCUUUAUUUUACACUGCAUUUCUACCAUUCCUCUUUUGCCAAAAGAAAACCCAUUUCCAAGGAGGAAUCGUAGUGGUUCAAUCUCUCUCUAGAAGCUAAAAAAAAGCAAUCUUUUCUUCUUUUUUUUCCUAACACAGCAUUUUAGAGAAAUGGAGGCAAUGAAGUUGAAGUUCUUUGUGGCAUUGAUGGUGGUUUUGAUGGCCAUCUCUUCUGUGCAAAAGGCUGCUGCAGCUACUGAGGCUCCAGCUCCAAGCCCAACAUCUGAUGCUGCAAUCUUUGUGCCCACUUUCUUUGCUUCUCUUGUUGCUUUGGCUUUUGGUUUGGUCUUCUGAGCUAGCUAGCUAGCUAUAAUGGGUCAAUUCCAAUGACCCACAUAGAGAGACAGCAUGAUGAUUUCAUUUCAAUCCCAACCCAUUUUUCAUUCUCUCUGAAUUCACUUUUUGUGUUUAGAGUUUUUUCAUGACUAUAUGAGAGAGUGAGAGAGGAGGCAAAUGGGUUGGGAUUUUUAUUUCAUUUUUUUUGGGAGGUUCAGGUUAAGUUAAUUAUUGUUGAUUAUGUUAUGAUGGGAUUUCCUUGGUUGUGACUUGUGAUUGAUGUGUUUUUUGGUGGUAUUGUAAUAUAGAUUUUAUUUAAUUGUGUGAUUUCUUCAUCUUCCUCUCAUUUGUAUCUGUGAUCCCAUUUGAUGUAAUAAAUUCUAUUCUUGUAUUA